UCAUGUGACAGUUUGUUAUGAUCGGACAAAAUGGCGAAUGCUAUUGUUGCUUCCUGAAAUUUUAAUUUUAAUAUAUGGCAAUUGCAAUUAUUUAAAAUCGAAAUAAGUUCUGAUUGUAAAAAUAUGAAGUCCAUUUUAAAUUAUUUACUGUUUUUCUUUUUGACUGGACAAUGCGUCACUGACUUCCCAUUUAGAAAUGUUUCUUUGCCUAUUGAGGAAAGGUUGGAUGAUUUGUUAGGACGGCUUACUGUGGCAGAAAUUCUAGAUCAAAUGUCCCAUGGCGGUGGGGGUGGGGACGGCUCACCAGUACCAGCAAUUCCAGAACUCGGUAUAGGCACCUAUUCAUGGGGCACAGAAUGUAUUCAUGGUGAUCAGUCUGGAAAUGCUACAUCUUUUCCCCUCUCCAUUGGACUGGCAGCCACAUUCAACCCUGAGUUGAUGAAGGAAGUUGCAAGUGCCAUAUCAACUGAAGUGAGAGCCAAGAACAAUGAUUUUGUCCGAAGAGGGAUCUUUUCCGGUCAUACUGGACUCAACUGUUUCAGUCCCGUCAUUAAUAUAAUGAGACACCCACUUUGGGGCAGAAAUCAGGAGACUUAUGGUGAAGAUCCUUUCUUGACGGGGGUACUUGCGGCGGAGUUUGUUAAAGGAUUGAUUGGGAACCACUCUCGUUACUAUCGUGCUAAUGCAGUGUGUAAACAUUUUGAUGCAUAUGGCGGACCAGAAGAUCUUCCACAAUCUAGACUUAGCUUCAAUGCUAAGGUACCAGAACAGGAUUUAUACAUGACCUAUCUUCCACAGUUUAAGCAAUGUGUUCAGAGUGGUGCACUAGGUGUAAUGUGUAGUUACAACAGUGUUAAUGGUAUUCCUGCUUGUGCAAACAAAAUGUUGUUGACAGAUAUACUAAGAAAGAAGUGGAAUUUUCCUGGAUUUGUCAUCAGUGAUUCAGGAGCUGUAGAAUUUCUGAUUGUCAACCAUCGAUAUAUUGAGAAUAUUGAGGACGCAGCAGUGGCUUGCGUGAAAGCCGGACUCAAUCUUGAACUACAUCCUGGUAGUUAUGCUAGAGGGGCGUUUGAUUGGUUGAAGUAUGCUAUAGCUGAUGGAAAACUUUCCAAGGAUCUGAUAUUAGAAAGAGUGAGGCCAUUAUUCUUAACAAGAAUGAAACUUGGAGAAUUUGACCCUCCACAUCUGAAUCCUUACAAUGACCUUGACCUCUCUGUUAUACAGAGUGUCCCCCACAGACAAUUAUCUACCCUGUCAGCUAUGCAGUCAUUUGUACUUCUCAAGAAUGAUGGAAUUUUACCUAUCAAGAAAAUAUAUCAAAAAGUUGCGAUUGUUGGGCCGUUUGCUGAUAAUCCAGUACAACAAAUGGGAGAUUAUGGUCCCGAUGUAGAUCUCAAAUACACUAGUACUGUAAGCUCCGGUCUCCUUGGUCUUGGUGAUAAACUGGUAAAUGUGUCGGGGUGUAAGGAUACCUGGUGUGUAGAUUAUGACUCGAAAGCUGUUAUCACUGCUGUACAGGAUGCAGAUUUAGUGGUGUUAUGCCUUGGAACUGGUCCUGCAGUAGAGAGGGAGAAUUUUGACAGGAGGAAUAUGUUGUUACCAGGACAUCAACCACAACUAAUGAAAGAUGUCACGUUGUAUGCCCGAGGAAGAAUUAUUUUAUUGUUAUUUAGCGCUGGUCCUCUAGACAUUAGGUCAGCUCAGCAACCAGUAAUAUCUGCUAUUAUACAGUGCUUCUUCCCGGCUCAAGCAACAGGUGUGGCCCUGUAUCAUGUUCUAACUUUUAGUCAGCCGGAAGCCAAUCCAGCUGGUAGACUUCCAUUCACAUGGUAUACUUCUGAUCAUCAGGUACCUUCAAUGACCGACUACAGUAUGAAAAACCGCACAUAUAGAUACUUUAAUGAUGAUCCUCUUUAUCCAUUUGGCUAUGGUUUAUCGUACACACAGUUUAUGUACAGUGACCUUGAACUUUCACCUACAAAGGUGAAGCCUGGAGAAAAUGUGACUGUGAGAUUUGUUCUGACAAAUGUUGGGGAUGAAGCUGGUGAAGAAGUAACUCAGGUGUAUAUAUCAUGGCUGAAUGCUACAGUGGUAACUCCCAGAUAUCAGUUGGUACAUUUCAAUCGUACAAUGUUCUACAAAGGUUGGACAGUGAAUGCAAGAAUUGAUAUAUUAAGUGAACAAAUGGCAGUGUAUGUACCAGAAAAAGGUUUUGUCAUUGAGCCAGGUGAUAUACGUGUCUAUGUUGGAGGACAGUUACCAAACCAGAAAACCAAAGUGCCAUCUAAUGUAAUACAAGGAAUAUUCACCAUUGUAUGAUCUUUAAAUAAAACUUCAAUCUUUUACUAAUUUGAAGCUAGUCUUAGAUCAGUGCUUUUACACCCCUUCAUUUCAUACAUUAAAUACGUACUCUGUAAUUACACAGAGAAAAGAAAUUCAUUGAGGCAUUUGAUUAUAAUUAUUUUGAUUCCAUUAAAAUUAAUGUCAAACAUUGAUUUUCCUUAAGCACAUAUGUUUUCAGUGUUUUCAUGUUAUAUAUACACUGCUCAAACCAAGAGUAGAUAUGCAAAGUCAUCUGUAUCAUCAAAAAACAUAAAUAGAUGAUGAUUGUGUAAAAACUUAUGUAUGGUAAUUUCUUUUUUCCUAUUUAUCAGAGUUAAAUGGCGUGUCUGUGAAAAAUUAGUUCCAUUCCAAAUAAUAUAAUGAUUUUGAUUUUAGUUUAAGUACAUUUGCUUUAACUUUGAUAUGUCUUUGCCAGUGUACCCCCAUGAAUGAAUGUUAUUGUCAUGUGUAUACAUGCUUUAAAACUUUGUCAUCUGUACCCCCAUGUAUGAAUGUUAUUGUCAUGUGUAACCAUGUUUCACACUUUGUCAUCUGUACCCUUGUGAAUGAAUGUUAUUGUAAUGUGUAUAUAUGCUACAAACUUCAAAUACAAACUUGCAUGUUAUUGUCAUGUGUUCCACAAGUGUAUAUUAAAAUAUUAUUUUCAUUUUUUGGCAUACUAUGUGCUUAAUAUGUACAAUUAAAUAAAUGUAUACAUCUUUGAUAAUAAGCACUUUUGAAAAUGUCAAGUUUUACCAUUGAUCGAUUCAUAGCUAAUUUAACACAUUAUUUUUGUGGUAGUUUCUUUUUGUAAACAUUUUUUUUAUCUCUGUAAUUUUAUAUAUUUUUAUACAAUUAUAAAAAAAAAAACAUGGCAAUGCCAUGAAACCAGGUUUUCAAUUAUCACCAUUGUAGAUAAAUAUGUUGUAGUUGAAAUACAAAUACAAGCAACAAACAAUUUAAUUAUGUGCAAUGUUAAUCAUGAAUAAUGUAGGAGGAAUUGCACACAGAAGUGUUCACUAUAUAAUCUGUAAAAGGGAAAAAAACAAAGGGCCAUAAUAAGGUAAAAAAUUAUCCAAUCACAAAACCCUGACACUAUACGCCAGGGCACUUGAUGACAAAGCUUCUGUGAAAGUUUGGUCAAAAUCCAUUGAGAAAUGUAGGAGUUGAGCACAGUAGAAAUUGUUCAUUAUAUAUUCUGUAUAAGAAAAAAAAAACAAGAGCCAUAAUUAGGUCAAAUAUUAUCCAAUCACAAAACCCCGACAAUAUGCGCCAGGGCACUUUAUGACAAAAGUUCUGUGAAAGUUUGGUCAAAAUCUGUUGAGAAAUGUAGGAGGAGUUGAGUACAGAAGAAAUUGUUUACGCCCGCCCAUCCCUCAAUCUAAUAACCAUUUUUUUCCUUUGACAUACCUCAAUCUUAAAUAACCAGUUUUUUCCUUCGGAAAACCUGGUUAAAAAUAUACAUGUAUAGAGGUACUAGUCUGAUCAUUUUUGCUGUUCGCAUGUUAGAUGGGAGACUUUUUAAUUUGAUGUGAAUUACAACACCAGUAUUUUUUUUUAAUAUUAAAGAGUUAAUGCACCUUGUCCGAGGGUUUCUGUAAAUGUAAAUGCAUGAAAAAAGGUGCAUAACUGCUAUUCUUGCAUAAAAGUAUAUGGCAUUGCCUAAAUCAGUAAUUCUGCAGUGGGUUAUCUGUAUUUCUUAUAAAGAAACCAUAAGUGCUCAAUGUGUCGUUCUUUCUAUGUGCUAAAGUGACGUCAUUUGAUAGUUAUGUUUUAAUAAAAAAAGUACCAGGCCUGUCAUUAAACUGUUUUUACACUGCACACAAGGCAAGCGUAUGGAAAAAAAAAAACAAUGACAGCGCACGGUCACGAGAAUCUGUCCGUUAAUGCAUUUUAUUCUGCCUGUGAAGUUAUUAACACAAAUAAGAUUUAACAUAUACCUGUACCUUACUUUAAAGAAAUUUUUCCAAUGCAUUUUGUGCAUAAUAAGGUUAGAAUGCCUUGUAAUGAAUUAAUCAGUUAAAUGUUAUCAAAUAAUUAUGUUGUAUAUUGCUUAAAUAACUUGUUCAUGGUGCUAAUUGGUUAAUUUUGUGUAUAUAGAUCUGUUCAGAAAUUUUAUAUAUUCCCACUAUAAAAAUUUGAUAUAUAUUAUUUUAUAAAGAAAUGUUAAAUCAAA